ACCAGAUUUGCCCUAACGACCAAUGUAAUGACUUUACAAAUAAAUUACGUUGGCUGACAAUGUGUUAGCUACGCUGUCCUUACGAACCACAUAUCAUUACAGCACUAUGUACCGGUAUGUUAGCUAACUACCGAACGUUAGUAGUUGUACAUCAAACUUGCCAGUAUAUUAACUAUAGGCUAACUAGCCAACGUUUAUUGACUUGAUUAUUCUCGUCAUUCUUAGUUUAGCUACAUGUCGUCGUGCUUCCUCAAUGGACAUGCGGGUGCUUUCGUAAAUUCGCUCUGGCUAGCUACAGGCUGGACAAUAGAACGAGUCAAAAUUCACCCAAGGCUGAAAAACGGCCUAAUAAGAACGAACGUUGGCUAAGCGGGAACACUAGCGCGAGCCCAUAGCAAAUGAAUGGAAUCGAACGUUCGCAGAGAUUCUUUUGACUGGAGUGAUGCUUAGGACUCCAUUAAAAAUAUAUCCCGUUUUAUUUUACCAUGACAGUCUGUUCGUCGGACGAAACUGGAGAAAAAUAACUAGUGUCGAAAGUAAACAUCCGCACCUCGAUGGUGUCAACUGUGCUUAUGUCUGCGUAAUGAAAAGGUUGUUUUGCCUAUUGUUGGCAGCUGUGGGCAUACAAGCACAACAGACACCAUCUAUAAAUGACCUCAACGCUGAAUGCCUUGGUAACGUUAUACGUUUGAGUGUCGCUCCUCUUUUUAAAGAGGUUGAUGCUGUCUUCAAUGACACACAAAUCAUAAACCUGACGCCUGGCCUUGCUACUCAGUGUGGAUUCAGCUUUAAAUUUGACCCCAUGGGGAAUGCCAUGUUUUUUGCUUCUCUUCAAAACUGCUUUUCCCAAAACAUGGAUGAUAAGAUGUUCAGUUUGGUCAUGCAGUUCAGGCUGCCAGGAAACCACAUGAAUGAAGACCCUGUGUAUAGAGUGGGCAAAACCUGUAGCUACACCCCCUGGACCUCCCGAGAGAUUCUGUGCGACCGCAACUACAUGGAGGUGUCUGUCAGAAGGACUCUUCCAGACAUCCAAACCGUCCCUGAACAGCCCACUGGAGGCCCGAAAGCAAGGAGCGGCAACUUCCGGAGAGGAGCUGAGGCUGUUGCUGCAGGAUACAAAAUGACAGCAGUCGUCUUUAGUCCUAGCAAGAAGGUCAUGAGUGUGGAUGAGGUCCAAAGAAAGGGCUAUGCAAUAGCCAACACUCCCACACGGCUGGUGUUAAGAAGCCCUCAUAAUGCAGAGGAGACAUACCUCCAGAAUGUAGCUGGGGUUCCGAUGCGGGUGCUUUCAACUUCAACCUUCUUUGAGCAGAAGUGGCUGGUUACUCGAGUAGAUGCCACGGCUGUUUGUCCAACACCAGGGGCAGUGGCCUUUACUCCAGAAGUGAUCACCUGGUACAUGCCCAAGCACAUAGACCCACUUUUCUCCUCUGAUGCCUUCACCAUGUUGGAGGUGUACAUGGGAAUUGACGCUAAGAGGCUGGACACUGAGGAAAUGGCUGCCAGAAACUACUCGGUUUUAGUCACAGAGGCUCAUAUUAUUGUUGAAAUUCCGGUGGGGGCGGUUGGCGGCUAUUUCAAGAGCCAUAUUCAGGAUGACCAGUACUUUGUCACUUACACCAUUGAGCCCAUGCUUGAGUUGCUGUGGAUCGAGGAGGUCGCACACGAGGACACACGCUACAAAGUCCUCUUCCCUAUCACAACACCUCCGAUGGCCAGGCCUCCACAAGUUCGCAACUACACGCCCUUAGACACAGUUCCUGAGCAGGCAGUGUUUGUGCUUGAGUUGGGGACCUUCAACCUUGAUGUGGAGCUGCUGAACAUCACCUUUCCCACCAUGGUGCUAACUGUUGCAGAGUGCAACGCCAGAGGCUUCAAUGUUCAGGAGCAGAGAUCCCUGGACAACACCUUGAAGAGCUUCAGGAUGGAGGUGCCCUUCUCAGACCCAGUGGUCUUUAAGGAGAGAAGGGCGGAACAAGGUGUCACAACCUUCACUCUUCAGCUGAUCUACGGCCUGGUCGUCUUUCCAGAGUACGCUCCUUUCGCUCACUCUGCCGUUGUGGACGCUGUACUGCUGGACAUUGUGCCACCCUCCGUCACUGGCAACUGUGAUCAGGAGAACUUUCACAUCACUGUGGACUACAGGAACCAAGAUCCCUUUUUCGUGGUCUUGGUUGGCAAGCGGCUGCUUAACCAUGAGCUUGCGCAACAGUAUUUGACAGAGGGCGACGCAGACUUCACCAUCACGUUGCCCUUCUCUUCGCCGGACGCAGUGUUUGAGUCGGUUCACCCGUCCUCUGUCAGGAGCAGACUGGAUGUGGCUCUGUUGAAUCCUUACAACAACAUGACCAUCAAAUACUUUUCCCUGGCUUGCAGCUUCCUCAAAACGCUGACUGAGUGUUUCUCUAACGGAACGAUGACUGCGCUGGCGGUCAAGGUGGAGUCUGCUCCCAGUCUGAACCCCGGUCAGCUGACCCUGAGCGACCCCGCCUGUGGUCCCACCUACAGCGACGAUCGCUUCGCCUACUUCCACUUCACUGUCAACUCCUGUGGCACCACCAGGAAGUUUAUCAACAAUGUCAUGCUGUAUGAGAACGAAAUCUCCUUGCCAGAUGAACUUAAGGUGAAGCUGAAUGGCACGACGGCUUCAGAGGAGGAAUAUCUAAGUGCAUUACGAAUCACAAUUGUAGCAAUUAGGUUAAAGGUUUCCUGCUACUAUGUGGUCAGUUUUGCCGAGACUGGGACAGGUCGACAAAUUGUCAGAAUGAGACUCGCUCAGGACGCCUCGUAUAACACGUUCCACCAGGAGGAGGACUAUCCAGUGGUGAGGUACCUGAGACAGCCUCUGCACUUUGAGGUGGAGCUGACCAGGUCCUCUGACCCCAAGAUAGCGCUGGUGCUUGACCACUGCUGGGCCACCCCCAACGAGGACCGUGACUCCCGACCCCGGUGGAAUCUCAUCAUUAAUGGUUGUGAGAACCCGGAGGAUCCGUACCGUGUAGUCUUCCACCCGGUGGUAGCUGAUUCCAGGGUCCACUUCCCCCCUCACGUCAAACGCUUUGAGGUCUAUAUGUUUUCCUUCGUCGAGGAUGUGGUUGAGCCGAGUGGCCAGGUCUUUGUCCAUUGUGAUGUGGUCAUCUGUGACGCCAGUAGUCCCUCUGGCGGCCCCUGUAGUGGACAAUGUGUGAAUCAGGACAACUUGAAAAGAGGUCAACGACAUGUCAAAGACCUCUUUGAGGAGCCUCAUUUCUAUGUUUCUUCUGGAUACAUUCUUUGGGUGUAAUGUCUUGUUCUAACAUGUCAAAUAAAGUGUUCUAUAACAA